AGCUUUUACUUCAGUAUUUCCUUGACAAUAAUGCAAAACCAGAGCAUUGUCACUGAGUUCAUACUCCUUGGGCUUUCACAGAAUGCAGAAGUUGAGAAAAUAUUGUUUGUUGUAUUUUUGAUGAUCUACCUUGCAACUCUUUGGGGCAACAUGAUAAUUGUGGUGACCAUCAUCUACAGCCCUGCACUGCUUGUUUCCCCAAUGUACUUCUUCCUGAUAUUCCUGUCCUUAUUGGAUGCAUGCACUUCUUCUACUGUCACUCCCAAGAUGAUGGUGGACUUCUUCUAUGAGAGGAAGACCACUUCUUUUGAAUGUUGCAUGACACAAUUGUUUGCUUUCCACACUGGGGUAGAGGUGAUUGUCCUGUCAGCCAUGGCUUAUGACCGCUAUGUGGCCAUUUGCAAGCCCUUACACUAUACUUCUAUUAUGACCCAAAGGCUCUGUGGUAUUUUGGUGACAAUAUCCUGGACUGGAGGCUUCUUGCAUUCUAUCAUACAAAUUACUUUCACUUUGCAACUGCCAUUCUGUGGGCCUAAUGUCAUCGAUCACUACAUGUGUGACUUGUUCCCAUUACUGAAACUUGCCUGUACUGACACACACAUAUUUGUCAUUUUGGUGUUUGCUAACAGUGGGUCUAUCUGCAUCAUAAUCUUCUCUAUUCUGCUUGUCUCCUAUGGUGUCAUAUUGUACUCUCUGAGAGCCUACAGCUCUGAAGGGAGACUGAAAGCUCUCUCUACCUGUGGAUCCCACAUUACUGUUGUGCUUUUGUUCUUUGUGUCAUGCAUAUUAAUAUAUGCACGACCUACAUCAGCUUUCUCCUCUGAAAAAAAUGCACUUGUAUUUGCUACAAUCAUGACACCACUUUUGAAUCCUAUGGUGUACACUUUCCGGAAUAAGGAAAUGAAGAAUGCUAUCCGGAAAAUGUGUAAGAGAUUUAUAGCAGUUUCUCAUGGCUAUUAA